CAAUAAUUGAAGGUGCUUUCUUUUUGCUGAAAUCAAUGUUGCGCAAUUCAGUUGGGCGGGGGAGUGGUUUGAUAACGAAAUUAGGAUUUUUACCCUAACAUUCAUAUCUAGGUAUGGGUGUAAUUAAAUAGACAGCAUGGACAAUAAACGAAUAACCUCCAAUUGAUGGACGAUAUGGGCAUUUCUCAAUUUCAUAGACGGAGAUCUUACUUUUAAUUGCCGAUAGAUUGUUUACAGGUCUUUUUUUCAAGGAACUGCGAGUAGCCAUGUCCGGUGCGUACUCCGGUUUUGAUAGACCUUAUCAGUGAGUAGAUAGGAGGAAAGCCCCGCGAAUCACUGUGACAUGAGGUUGUUUUGUGGCCCAUAAAAGCAUUGGCCAGUGCCUCGUCUUGACCAAGUUACGAACGAACCGUGAAACAAGCAACAUGCAGAGUCAUCUCAUCGCCGUCCUGCUGGCCUUUGUGGCAUUCAGCUCCUGUACCGCGAGCCCCCAACUUCUGUCAGCCCAUUUGAAAAUGCUGGAUGUGAUGAGUGCCACCAACGAGAUGCAGCGCAACAAUCCCGACCAGGCCUCAGCCUGUUUCAAUCAAUACGUAUCGAAUGUUAAUGAUCUUAGCGAAGCGUAUAAGAAGGAGUAUGAUCAGUGCAUGAACACCCGCAUCGAGGGAACUAAUGGACUUCUGAAGGAAUACGAUCCGCUGGUGGAAUCCCUGGCAUACUCUUCAUACCAGUCGUGCCAGGCUUUCUACGAAUGCCGCAACCAGAAUGAUAGUCUGAAUGCUCUGAACUGCUUGUCAGUUGAGGGUAACGAAAAUUCUAAAAGUGCGUACCAAGUUUCUAGUAACGCCACGAUUAGCGCCGGAAUUCUGACGCAGAAAAUUAAGGACCAGAACUUUAUAUUUGAACUUUGUGCAAACAACUCUGCGAUAUAUUUCGACAACAAGUCGGGUGUGGCUUUGAUCGACUUCCAGAACUGUCUGAAAGGACAUGAUACUUGGACCACGCCAAGCUCCUCCACAAGCGAAAGCUCCACCGAAGCCCCAACCACCCGAACCACCCCAACCACUCCAACCACCCAAGGCUCAACCUCCUCCAACCGCCCAACACCCACUACCGAGCGGCCCUCAACCAUUUCUCAUUUUCAAUCGAAUGACGGAAAAAAGAUGAAAGGUUGGGAGAGCAAGCUGGAUAAUAUAAUUAAUCAUAUUUUGAAUUAGAAUUUGACGAAAAAUCGACAGUAGCCAAAAUGCAAUAAAUGAAAGAGUAUUAAAAAGCCUUGGGCUUGAAAAAAGCUA